AUGGAGGAUCAGGAAGAGGGAGGGAGUAGUAGGGAAGCACUCGCGAGCGUAAUACGGUUGCAGGCGGAGUUUGGGGUUAGCGUGCGCGUGAGCGAGGGAAGAAGAGUGAGAAAAGAAGUGAGAAGCGUCAGAAGGGGAGCGGAGCGGAGAGGCGAGCGAAAGAGGGAUGGUUUCUACGAGGACUUUUUUCUUCUUCUAUCGAGCACGGCGCUGUGGGUACUGGAGGCACGAUGCUUUUACGUUGAAGGGCGCGGCUGGGAGCAGAGAAGAGACGAGACGAGAAUCUCUCGAGAACACGCGCAGGACGAUGAUGGUGAUGAUCAUGGGUACAUACUCUACAUACUGGCAGAGCAGUUCGGAUCGAUAGUUCGCCAUGACGAUCGCGAACAGCGCUCCCGCGUCUGGCUGGCUUCUUCAAUCGCCUUCGAGUUGCAUCCCGUUGCUACUACCUAUCGGAGUUACAUGAACUGCCUGCCUGCCCGCCUGCCUGUCUGGGUUCCUGGAGUCGGUAGGGCGGUGUGGUCGAGCAGGGACGUGGAGAGCGAAGACACGGUACGGGGAGCAUCUACUCCGAGCAGCAGGGGAAGCUCUCUCGUCUUCAGCUCUCCCUUCUAUGCGUUCUCGGGCUUCUCCGCAGUAGUACUGGUACUUGGAGCACUUCGAGGGCUGCUGCACAUCAUGGUUGCCUAUGAUGGCGAUGCUCCGACGUGGUGGUGGGUACAUAGCGUGCUUUCCCCAUCGUCGGGUGCCCCGGUGUCCGGCCGUUUGCGUUGGUCCGGCAACGGCGGCGGCCUCUCCCUGGUCUGA